GGCGUCUGUCAAAUCGCGUCAAUUUGUGCGCCAAUUGCGCUAAACAAGUUUAUUGUUGUUUUAUUUAUUUUAAAGGGUUUUUAAAGGUUUGAGUGUCAAUAAACAGCGAAUUUCACGCACAAAUGGAGUAUACGCCGGCCGGCCGCACGCGCGCCGCGCUGGCCGAGAUCCCGCUGCGCCUGGACCGCCUGCGCGUGUCGCCGCCGCCCGCGCCGGCCGGCACCCUCGCCGCCCUCGCCGGCACCCUCGCCGCCCGCACGCCGCUGGCGCCCCGCGCGGCGCCGCUGCAGCCGCUGGCUAACACGAGGUUGACGCCCAAUGCGAGGGAGCGCUCGCCGGCGCUGCCGCCCGGGUAUCUCAGCCCGGCGGCCUCGCCGGAUGAAUUGCUGAUACAACAACGAGGUCGCAAGCGGCUCCCUGUAACCUGGUCCCCCGACAUCGAUCUGAAGCGCCAAUCCUUCCACUCGACAGUCCGCACGCCACCCAAGGCCCUCCCCGGCCGUCUGUCCCCGCCCAAGCUCGGCGUCACCCUCCGCUCGACGCCAAGGAAACGCCUCAUCCUAGACGAAAGGAUCCCCCUCACGCCCGAAAAAAUAGAUUUCAGCGACAUCAGUACCCCUCAGAAAUUCAAAAUCACCAGCCCUAUUAAAGGCACACCGCCUAUCAAGCGUCCUCGUAUAGAAAAAACUCUUGAAGCCGAUUUCAAGAGCCCAAUCGAUAUGGCUUUGAAAGGAUUAAGCCCGACACAAUUAAUCAAUGUCAUUAAAACUAUUACUUACAAACACCCAGAAAUUGAAAAGGAGAUUCGUAUGGAAAUACCUGUUCCAGAUUUAGCGCCGCUCGAAGAACGCUUAAGCUACUUGAAGUCCAACAUAUUUAAAAGCUUGCCAUCUUCACGGUUGACAUCCAAAACUGAUUCGCCGGCGUAUUCGAGGGUUGCUACGCAUUUAGGCGCGUUUAAGAAGUGCGUUAUCGAGCAAGGGAAGACUUUAGUUGAGUCUCAGCACUGGAAUAGUGUUAUGGACUACGUUUUUCUAGCUUGGAGCUAUGUUAGGGCAACACCAGUAUGGGACCAUCAGCCGCAUAAUGCGACUAGAAAGCAGUGUUUCAAAGCACUGAUCAACUUUUGCAUGAGUGCCUUAAAGAAGGCUACGUUUGAUAGAGAGUUUCUGGUGGAUGUGCAGGAUAAACUGCAGGGCAUGGUUUCUGAUGCUGAGGAAAUACAGUCUUGCCUCAAACAUGUUCAAGGACAGCUGCAGGAGUUUAGUCUGAUGAUAUAGGUACUGCAUAGGGAGGAGCCGCGCACACAAUUACACGUUAUGUAUUACAGUCAGCAAACUAGAGAUGCGCAAAACGCUAUUGAUUCAUAAAUAUUUCUGUCGCGGUGAUAUGUAUCACUCAUUUCGCUCAGUGGAUCUGUAAGCUAUAUUGUUCACGAGUGAGUAGAGAGAGAUGUUAAUCAAUCAGAUGACAUAAGUGCUUCGUGAUGAAUUCUUGCGAACCGCUCCGAAAUCUAUUCGCAUAGUCUCAUUCGUCACGCUCGGCCGGCUCAUUCGAAUCAUGAGUGGGAAAGAGCGAGCAAGGAACACUGAGAUAGAUGAGUUACUGAGCGAAAUGAGCAAGUUGAAUCUGCACUGUGUUGAAGAGUGAGUGAGUUCAGUCAAACAGUUCAUUUAAAUCACUCACUCGUGAACGACACACGCUUACAGCAAACCUAUUAGCUUAGCACCCCUACCUACAUUUUCGUCUUGCUGACUGUAGAUACAAAAGGUCUUUAAAUUUAGAAUUUUUGUCUCCAUAUUUGUUUACUUAUGCGUGUAAUAUCAUUCAUUCAUCGUUCGUUCCAUUCUCGUCUAGCAAGUACCUACACUUGUGCCUGCUCAAGUUAUCUAUAGUCUAUUACUUUUAAGUUUCGAUUUUUUUCGAAAUAUCGAUUUAAUGUCUUGCAUUUAUUCGUUCGGAAUUUCGUAAUUAGGCAAAAUGUUUAGAUAAUUCUUUGAUUAUUCAUUAGUUAAUUGAAUAUCGCGAUUAAAUGUUUUUAUUAUUAUUGAACAAUCAAUUUGUAUCUAAUUUUAAUUGCCAUAUUUUUGUAUUGUGAGUUAUUCAUUCUAAACGACUGAUGUUGAAAGGAAUCAAGAAUAAUUUUGAUGUGUAAGAUUGUCUUCCAUAGGCGGAAGUGUUAUUAAGUUUGAUUCUUUUCGAAGCUGUGAAAAUGCCAAAUCUUCAGUCUUAGCAAUAAUCAUAAUUUAGGGUUUUCACAAGAUGGUUCUUACUUGCAUGAUUUGCAAAAUAAUUUUUUGUAACAGUUUCGAUCAUCAAUAAAUAUUGGUCGCUCACGUAAUCACGUUAUCAUACAAUUUAAGACUGAAAUAUUUAAAAUUCAGUUUUAAGUAGGUAAAUGAAAUUGGAAAAUGUGCCUUAAUCUUAAUUAAUGUUUAAAUUGCCUUGAUUUGACGAAAUAUCACUUGAUAUUGUGUAACGGUUUUGUGUUUUAGUGUUAAGUAAUUUUACGCUUAAUAAAUCGUGUUCUUACAGAAAA